GAGCAUCCCGGCGCGGCGAGGGGCCGCCGCCGCCGCCGCAGCCCCGCUCCACCAUGCCCGCUCCCACCCGCGCCGCGCCGCGCCCGCGCCUCUGCCUCUGCCUCUGCCUGCGGCUGCGGCUGCGGCUGCUCCGGAGCCUGCUCGCGCUGCUGCUGCCGCUGCCGCUGGCGCCGGCGGCCCGGCCAGGAGAAACCAGUGCAGCUGGCCCAGAGUUUCCUCAUGAAGUGGUCAUUCCUCAGUGGAGAGCAUUGGGAAGCCUCAGCAGCACCAAGCAUCCGUUCAAAGCUGAAGUCAAGAUCACAGCGGAGGGAAAGGACCUCAUCCUGGACGUUGAGAAGAAUGAGCACCUCUUUGCACCAGGCUACACCGAAACCCAUUACACCCCGGCUGGAGUGCCCCAGACCAUCACUUUGAACCGCACGGACCAUUGCUUCUACCACGGCACCGUCCGAGGCGUGGGACAAUCCAGCGUCGCGCUCAGCACGUGCACGGGGCUGCGAGGUCUGAUCGUCCUCAGCCCCAACCUCAGCUAUGUCAUUGAGCCCGUUCCUGAGAGCUGGGAGCAGCACUGGGUCUACAGAUUGGAGCACCUGAAGGUCCCACCUGGGUCCUGUGGGUACCAGCACGCUGAGCCCACAGACAGACGCCGGCUCCAGGAGUUUGUGAGGCCGCUGAAUGUGACCCUUCACCGGGCCAGGCGGGCGGCUCCGGAGCCUAUGAAGUACGUGGAGCUUCUGCUGGUGGCGGAUUAUGCAGAGUUUCAGAAGUACCACGGGGACUUAAGGAACAGAUUAGUGGAGGUGGCGAAUUAUGUGGAUAAGUUUUACAAGGCCCUAAACAUUCGAGUUGCCCUGGUUGGGCUGGACAUCUGGAACCACCGGGAUCAGUGCGACGUCUCCGAGAACCCCUUCUCCACCCUUUGGUCCUUCCUGGCAUGGAGACGCAAGCAGCUGGCGCGCAGGAAGCACGACAACGCCCAUCUCAUCACCGGGGUGCAAUUCCGUGGGACCACGGUUGGCUUGGCCCCGCUGAUGGCCAUGUGCUCGGAUUUCCAGUCGGGAGGAGUGAACAUGGAUCACUCUUCCAGUGCCAUCGGCGUGGCUGCCACCAUUGCCCAUGAGAUGGGGCACAAUUUUGGCAUGAAUCACGACUCGAGUGGCUGCUGCACUGCCCGGUCUGAGGACGGAGGCUGCAUCAUGGGUGCUGCAAUAGGGCACCCAUUCCCCAGGGUGUUCAACAAAUGCAAUGAGAAGGAACUGGAUCGGUACCUGCUUUCAGGCGGGGGGAUGUGCCUCUCCAACAUGCCCGACACCCAUACUCUGGUCGGGGGGAAGAGAUGCGGAAACGGCUACCUGGAAGAUGGGGAGCAGUGUGACUGCGGAGAGGUGGAGGAGUGCGAUAAUCCUUGCUGCAAUGCAGCCGAUUGCUCUCUGAAGCCUGGCGCCGAGUGCGCCCACGGGACCUGCUGUCACCAGUGCAAGCUGGUGUCUUCGGGGACUCUGUGCCGUGAGAUCUCAGGGCAAUGCGACCUCCCCGAGCAUUGCACCGGCAAGUCGUCCUUUUGCCCCCUCAAUGCCUACAAGAUGGAUGGCACCGACUGCUCCGGAGGGACGGCCUACUGCUACAGCGGCAUGUGUCUCACCUACCAGCAGCAGUGCUUGCAGCUCUGGGGCCGCGGAGCCAGACCCGCUCCCGACCUCUGCUUCGAGAGGGUCAAUGCUGCUGGUGACCCCUUUGGGAACUGCGGGAAGGACAUGAAUGGCCAAUACCGGAAGUGCGAGGCCAGAGAUGCCAGAUGCGGAAAGAUUCAGUGCCAGAGCUCUGCUUCCAAGCCGGUGGCAUCCAACGCCGUCGCGAUAGACACGACUAUCCCCGUGAAUGGGAGACGGAUCAGUUGUCGGGGGACCCACAUCUACAAGCCUACAGAGGAUGAGGGGGACAUACUGGACCCUGGGCUGGUGAUGACUGGGACCAAGUGUGGGAGCCAUCACGUCUGCUUCGAGGGCACCUGUAUGAACACCUCCAUGAUCUUCGAAGCUGAAGGCUGUAGCAAGCAGUGCCAUGGACGGGGCGUUUGCAACAACAACAAGAACUGCCAUUGCGACUCUGGAUGGGCUCCCCCAGAUUGCAGCCACCCCGGGAAAGGGGGCAGCGACGACAGCGGGCCUCUGCCCCCCAAAAACCUCGUCUCCGUGAUUGUGGGAGUCCUGGUUUUCAUUCUGGUGGUGGUGGUGGUUCUCGUCAUUGUAUUUUGCUGCUAUAAAUGGAAGGAAAAACUCACGGUCCUCAAGCAGGCCAUUGCUCAGUCAAAGAAGCCGCAGUUCAGCGCUGCCUCCGCUCCGGAGCAGGACAGUAGGAAGGGCCACACGAAUCCCGCCUUCAAGCUGAAAACCCCGGAGGAGCAAAGAAAGGCUAUCGGGACACCUGCCAUCCCCCCUGCCCCUCCGGUCUCUCCUCCCCAGCCGGCUCCAGAGCCCAGCAUUAAUUUCCAGCCACUCCCUGCUUUCCCGCCUGGGCGCAGCAGUGACACCAGGUCUUCCCCGGGUCCAGCACGUGGGGUAGGAAUGAAGAAUGUGCCAAGACAACCUCCUCCAAAAAGACCACCCCCGCCUGCUCCCAAACUCCCAGUCCCGCAGGACACGUCCAGACCCUGCCCGCCGCAGAAGGCCUUGCCAGCGACCCCCGUCCCUGCCGGACACAGAACUGGGCCAGGGGCUAACGCCCCCACGGCUGCAAGGAGCCCAGGCCCACGCUGGCCGCCACCAACAGAGCAUUUCUGCCAGCUAGUCCAGACAGCGACAGCUUCACCUGCCCUGUGAUAGGAUCUGCUUGGGAAGGAGCCUUUGCUUUUCCACCGCUGCGUCUCUUCAUUGUCCCCGUUCUCCCCCACCCAGAGCCCAGCGGCGCGGGCGGCCGGAGCAGUGCACGACUUGCAGAUGUGACGGCGAGGCUCGGGGCACGGAUCAUCCCGCCGCACGCAGGCUCUUUCCGGAUCUCAUGGGGUGUCGGACGGCUUCGCUGCCAGGACGCAGACAUGCAGGUCGCGUGCUGUUCCUUGUCUCCUCUUCCCCAGCCCGACGUGUUUCUGGCCUGACUCUACACCAAAUCCAGGCCUGGUGUGACUGGUCCCUCCCUGGUCUAGGUAGAUGCAACUCCAGUUAAGUCUCCGGGGACUUGCAUCAGUGUAUAUACCAAUGCUGAGUGUGGCCCCUGUGCCGUCAGCUUUUCUUCUGCACAGGAGUGACUUUUAAAAUGGCAAUGCUCUAUACGGUUGUGCAAUAUGCAGUGCAGGAUGGGGAGAGAAAGGGCUUCUUAUGUCAGGCAUCCAGAGGUUUCAACCACUGAAAAUACACCUGGGCUUGGCUGUGGAUCUGAGCUGGCCCAAAAGGACUGGCAGACUCUCUGCAACCAGCACCUCCUUAGCCAGACCCCUGCGACCUUUCUCUCCUCUCCUUCCAGUCGUUUGCAUGACCUGCUCAGUUCGUUUUUUCUGCUCCCGUUCACGUUCGGGGCCCGGGCUUGUGGCUUUUCCAGCAUCCGCAGCGUUCGGACGCCGACCAGGUACUACCGAUUAAACUCUCUCAACAAGAUGCAGGGUGAAAGAAGAAAUUCCCGUGGAGGCCAGGUGCUGGUCACCGCCUCUCCGCUGUGUACUGGGAAUGCAUUUCUCAUCAGACCAGUAGACUUUGCAUGUGUAGGCUUCUGUGCUGGGCAGUACAGUUCAACACCAGGUACUAAGAAGCAACUUCACUUGAAAGCUGCUGAGUUGGGAGAAAAGCAGCAGUUUUAAUAUCCCAUAUGGUGCUUUCCUUGGACGGCUGACUGAUUCCAGCCUCCGUCUCGCUGGACGUGGUGAAGGCAGUCCUCCAUGUGCACUUUAAGCAGCUGAUGGUUCGAAUCCUACGGACUUGACCUUGUGAAUUUGAUGUUUUUUAACUGGUUUGGGUUCCCACAUGUUUUAUCUCAGGAUUUUAGACUUCGAGCUAUAUGGUUCCCCCAGCAGUUUUGCCUCUUUUCCAAUUCUGGAGGAAUCCGUUCAGAAACCGGACAGAGCUUUACACACAAGAUAGUCAAGGCUGUGCGGUGUGAGACACCUGUUAGGUGCUGCUGCUAUUGCAGAAACCAAAACCAGACCCUUCCCUUUCCCAUCCUCCCUCCCCUCACCCUGUUUUGGGGGCUGUGUUUCCAUCAGUGCUCCCUGUCCAAAAAUGCCCCAGCCCGCUCACGUCAGACUUGGCUGUUUGCAGCAUUGGUACCUCUUCUUCAAGAGUCUGUGAGUAGACAGGGGUAUAUUUGUUCCUCUUUCUCUCCGUUGUUGCCCGCUGCAGUGGCUGCUUUGGAGAUUUCCCCCGAUUCCCUAGCUCUGAAACACGGGUGAGCCGGUCAAAUUACCUCCCCCCGCCAGAGAAAGGCACAGAGGCGAAGUGCAAGAGAACGAUUUGCUAAUCUCUCUCCUCGCCUGCCCGUCGCUCUGUGCUCGUCACCGCCUGCCGCUCUCUGUGCUCGGGUGCACAGCGACACACACCUCGAUGGAUGGGGGAUUUUUGCAGGCACUUUAUUGGUAUAAUUUCCUUGCCAAAGGCAGUGAUGGAAGACUGCUCAGAAGGGAAUUGCACCAGCCGGGAGCUGUUCCUCAGGGGCUCCUUUCCAUGACCCUAGCAGCCACUUUUACUAGCUUCUCACUACUUGACUUGGGUCUUAGUCCCAAUCAGCAUGAGGCCUUUUGCAUACAGCUUGACAUCUUAUUCUGAUCACUCUCACACACACACACACACACAUACAUGCACACUUAUGACUUAUUAAUCCCUGAAGCCAGUGACCCACCUAAGUUUACAGCCCCUGGUUCUGAUCAAAUGCCCCCCAAAAUUAAUCAGGAGUUUUUCCUUUGACUGUUGAGGCAUGGACUCAAGCCCUCUACGGAUCCUGCAGGAAACCCAAAGCUCAGAAUACAACCAAAACCGGUCGUUCCUGAAAGCUACAGCUCCUCCCGAAGGUAACACUCAGCAAAUCCUUUUGCAUUGUACACGUGUAUGUGUGGGGCGAGUGGAUGGGGCUGGGGGGGAUAGAAGGUGAUUUUAGGUACUUAUUGUUAUUAUUUCUUGGGAGAACAUACGCGAAUAUGUGUCACUUCCUCUUCUGUCCGUGUAUUAAUGGUUUACAGUAAUGAUCUUGGUGCAUCUAUGCAAAUACUUGAAUAUGCAAUUCCUUGUGCCUUUUGCCUGGUUUAGAUUUAAUAAAUUUAUUGUCGAUUGGCAUUGAAA